CGGUGAGGUGGCUUGCAAUGCCUUGGCCCAGGCAUGGCGGCGGUGGCGGGGCCUUCGGGGCUGGCGGGCGCCUCGGAAGCGGAGAGGCCGCGGCCCAGGCCGUUCCUCAUCGGUGUCAGUGGAGGAACCGCCAGCGGGAAGUCAACAGUGUGCGAGAAGAUCAUGGAGCUGCUGGGCCAGAACGAGGUAGACCACCGGCAGCGGAAGGUGGUCAUCCUCAGCCAGGACCGCUUCUACAAGGCCCUCUCCACUGAGCAGAAGGCCAAGGCCCUCAAGGGACAGUACAACUUCGACCACCCAGAUGCAUUUGACAACGAGUUGAUGCAGACAACCCUGAAGAACAUUGUGGACGGCCAGACUGUAGAGGUCCCGACUUACGACUUUGUGACCCAUUCCAGGCUUCCAGAGACGACGGUGGUUUACCCUGCGGAUGUGGUCCUCUUUGAGGGCAUCUUGGUCUUCUACAACCAGGAGAUCCGGGACAUGUUCCACCUCCGCCUCUUUGUUGACACGGAUUCGGAUGUCCGGCUCUCCCGCAGGGUUCUCCGGGACAUGAAGCGGGGACGGGACCUGGAGCAGAUCCUGACGCAGUAUACCACCUUCGUCAAGCCGGCCUUUGAGGAGUUCUGCUUGCCGACCAAGAAAUACGCGGAUGUGAUUAUCCCUCGGGGAGUGGACAACAUGGUGGCCAUCAACCUGAUUGUGCAACACAUCCAGGACAUCCUGAACGGGGACCUCUGCAAGUGGCAGCGGGGGGCCCUCAACGGCAGCCGCUCCUCCAAGCGGCCCUUUCCGGAACAGUCUGAGAACGGAGCCCUCCUGGCGCCGGGGAAGCGCUCCCACUUGGAGUCUAGCAGCCGGCCCCACUGACCCCGGUGGGGCCCUCGGAUUAAGGACUCUGGAAUGAGCCCUUUGAGACAGCGGGGGCUUGGCUUUGGGGAAUUCCUGUUUCGGGAAGGUGAAGGAAGUCCCUCCGGAGCGGUCCAUUUUUCCGACAUAGGGGGUUUUGUGGGCUUUGUGUUUGCAUUGUCCUCCUCCCCUUUCCUGUCUGAUUCAGGGGCUGAUGGCCUUCCAAGUACACCUUGGCCAUAGUGAGAAGUGUUGAGUCUUUGUCCCAGAGUCCUUUCUAACCAAAGGAAGGAUUAAACGACCCAAAUCCCAUAAUGCAAGAAUGAUGGUCCUCCAAGUCUAGUGUCUUGGCGGUGGGUCCGCCCUAUUCUUGACCCACAUGUUCUCCCGCAGUGAGGACAUCGGUUUCCAGACGGAAGGCAGUUGGCUUGACGCACCUUCCUCUUGGCGCAUUUUUCCCUUUGGAUUAAUACCUCUUCAAAUUCUGCAUCACUGCUGGUCACAGCUGACCUCCAGCUAGUGCACUCAAGAGCCAGGGCUUCCCAGUUCUGUGUGUCUAUGCCACUUUUGUGAAGGUUGGCUUGAAGCCCAUCUUUAAAUCUCUUUUCCUUAAAUUCCAUUAAAUGGAAGACCUCGGCCAAUUCAUUGGAGCCUUUCCUAUGUAUAGAAAGGAGCCUUGCCCAUAUAGGUUACUGUUAGGUGUCUAUGGGUGUAUUGUCGAAGGCUUUCAUGGCUGGAAUCACUGGGUUGUAGGCUAUAUGGCCAUGUUCUAGAGGCAUUCUCUCCUGACGUUUCGCCUGCAUCUAUGGCAAGCAUCCUCAGAGGUAGUGAGGUCUGUUGGAACUAGGAAAAAGGGUUUAUAUAUCUGUGGAAUGACCAGGGUGGGACAAAGGACUCUUGUCUGCUGGAGCUAGGUGUGAAUGUUUCAACUGACCACCUUGAUUAGCAUUUGAUGGCCUGGCAGUGCCUGGGGCAAUCUUUUGUUGAGAGGUGAUUAGAUGUCCUUCUUUGUUUUGCUGUUGUAAUUUUAGAGUUUUUUAAUACUGUCUAUGGGUGUCUAGAGACACACACCUCCAUAAACAUAGAUGAAUGUAUGGGAAAGAACCAAAGGGCUUGUGUUUGCCUUGUCCUUCUGCAGUUUUCCUGUCUGAGUGCAGGGGACAAAGGACGUCAAAGGCCAAAGCUUUGUCCGAAAGGAAGGAUCUCCCCUUUGCUAAGCUGCUCAACCCCCUUUGAAUUGAAGUCUUUUGCCCAUCGGUUGGAGCGGUUAGCCAUUCCCAUGUAUGGGAAGGAGCCAUGGGGCUUGGCAUUGGCAUUGUCUGAUUCAGGGGAUGAUGGGAUUGGAAGGCGCCCCAUUCGCCUUGGGCUUUGUCCCAGGGUCCUUGCUUCCAAAAGGAAGGGUUUCCCCUUGGAUUAAACUGUGGCAAUCAGUGGGACUGUGGAGUCGAAAUCAAACAGGUAUUGCAUUGGGCUGUUGUAGGUUUUUUGGGCUAUACAGCCAUGUUCUAGAAGCAUUCUCUCCUGACGUUUCACCUGCAUCUAUGUCAGGCAUCCUCAGAGGCUGUGAGGUCUGUUGGAACUAGGAAAAUUGGGUUUAUAUAUCUGUGGAAUAAUGUCCAGGGUGGGAGAAAGAACUCUUGUCUGUUGGAGCUAGGUGGGAAUGUUUAAUAGCCUGGCAGUUUCAAGGUGUGGCUUGUUACUGCCCAGAUGAAUCUUUUGUUGAGAGGUGAUUAGCUGUCCCUGAWUGUUUCUUGUCUGGAAUUCCCCUGUGUUUGAGUUUUCUUCUUUAUUUACUGUUAUAUAUUGGUUACUAUUAGGUCUCUAUAAAUAAAAAACAAAACUCAAACACAGGGAAACUCCAAAGAGGAAACAACCAGGCCCGAAAACCCAACAACAACCCAGGGAUUCCAGCCAUGGAAGCCAGAAACCACAACAAAACAAAUAAAUGGUAUACAAAA